UAUCAUUAUGACUGUUACACUUCUUUCUCCCAAAAAACACUUUUUUCAAAUUUUCAAAUAGCAAUUACACAGCUCACCAUCCAGUUCCAGAUUCCAAUCUCUCAUCAUCUCUCUUAUUAUAUAUCCAUCCCACUUUUGGUCCGCCCAAAGUUGACUGUGCGGCACUCCAACGCCGCCGCGCUCCGCCCCGCCGUGCCUCCCCAACUCAGCCCCCGCAGAAUGCUCUGCAGAAAGAAUUCUGUCAACUGCGGCCGCGGAUCAGUGCCGGUUUACCUCAACGUCUACGAUCUCACCUCCAUUAACGGCUACGCUUAUUGGGUCGGCCUCGGCGUCUACCACUCCGGCGUUCAAGUUCAUGGCGUGGAGUACGCGUUCGGAGCUCACGAAUACCCCACGACGGGGAUUUUCGAAGGCGAGCCGAAGCAGUGCGAGGGGUUCACAUUCCGGAAGUCGAUUUUGGUCGGGUGGUCGGAGAUGGCCGCCGGCGAAGUGAGAAGAUUGAUGGAGGAGCUCUCCAAGAAGUACAGAGGAAAUGCUUAUAAUCUCAUCACCAAAAACUGUAACCAUUUCUGCAACGAUGCCUGCAUUCGACUCACCGGAAAUCCUAUUCCCAGAUGGGUUAACCGACUCGCUCGAAUCGGUAUGUUCUGCAAAUGUUUAGUUCCGGUGAGCUUAAACACGACGAAAGUUCGUCACCAUAGGAUUGAGGAGAAGCCCAGUGAAGCUGGGGAGAACAAGAAACUCAGAAACGGCUCCAAUAGACCCACGCCGUCGUCCUCAUCGUCUUCCUCAGGUUCGCCGGCGCCGGCGCCGGCUCUUGCAAAAACCUCGAGCAAGAAAAGUAGUAGAAGCCCGCCGCCGUUGAUAUCCGAUCCGACUGCUUCCUAGCGACGUUUUUCACGACGAAUUAUGGGGAAAUUAUUAUUAUUUUUUACAUUCUUUUUGUGUUUUUUUUUGGUUCACACUGCUAACAGCUUCUCUCUCGAGAAGCCUUUUGCAACCAUUGUACAUGCCAUAUGCUAUUUAAUCAGGUUGGUCUCACCGUUACUUUUUUUUUUUCUUUUUAA